GGAAGAUAGAAAAUACUUCUAAUUAGUUGUUUAUCAAAAGUAUACUGGGGCUUUGCCGUUCCCUUGAUGCUGACUGAAAUUGGGUUCCAGCCACUUUCACAUCCCCAUUUAUCCGAUGGGUUCACUUAUUUGCCCCAAACCUCGUCGGCCUGGGAAUAUCAAUACCCAUUCUAACUGCCUUCCUUUAAGAAAUCAAGCUGAGGUUUUUAUUUCAAAAGGGGGUGAAGAACUUUUUGAUCUCAUUGGUAAAGAGGACGGCGUAGCUGCAAGACAAUAUGCAUCAGAUUUGUCAUCAUCCCCUCCAUUCUUCUCUGGUUCACCGCCUUGCAGGGUUAUGAAUCCAUUAAUCCAUGAUGCUCAAUUCUCAAAUCAAAAGCAACACCGUUUAUCUUCAUCGCCAAGUCCAUCUACUUCUCCAUCAUCAAGUUGUAAAGGAAGGUGUGCAAGGGCAAGACUCGGGAAACCUCACUCACCAAAUAGAGUAGAGGGCUUUGACUGCCUAAACUCUCGCAUGGCUGCUAUGGCAUAAAUCUUCCUUACUGAACGGUAUAUAAAGGAAUAUCGAUUAUUAACUCUGUAUAUAGAAUAUUCGACUAGAAAAUAAGAACAAUUUUUUGGAGAAUUUAGGCUAAAGUUUUGGUUUUGGUUUUGCUUUAAUAUUACUGUGCAAAGAUGUCUCUCUUUUGCACAGUGAAAAUAAGGUGGUUGAGAGGUGUGAUAAUUUUGUUUGGGUGCAUAUGUAAAUGCACUCCAUUGUUUUUGGUGCCCCAAAUUUUUGAUAUUUGAAAUUAAACUAGUAGUAUUGUAUAAUGUAUAUAUGUGAAAUUUUUGAAUAGAGAAUGGUGAUUUAAGUUUCGUUUUUCU